AUGCUCGGUGCCGGAGGGCAUGCGAAAGUAUUGCUUUCACUCGCCAACGCUUCUGGCCUGCACGUAAUCGGCGUCUGUGAUCCAGAACUUCAUCGUUUGGGCGUCUUUGAAUGGCGCGGGCUCGCCGUGUUGGGUGGAGAUGAGGCGUUGGACCAGCUUGAUCGUACGCGCGUUGGUCUGAUAAAUGGCAUCGGUCAGGUAGUGGGGAGUAAUCUUCGACGAGUCCUUUAUGAAUCGGCAGUGAGCAAGGGAUUUCAAUUUCCUCCACUUGUGCACCCUACGGCGUUUGUUGAUGAGUCCGCUGUUCUAAGCCAGGGAGUUCAGAUACUGGCGGGCGCCGUUAUCCAGCCGGAUGUGACCCUCGGAUGUAAUACCAUCAUCAAUACCGGGGCUAGCGUGGAUCACGAUUGCAACGUGGCUGCCCAUGUGCACAUCGCACCCGGCGCUACACUGUGCGGCAAUGUUCAAAUAGGCAGCGGUGCAUUUGUAGGUGCCGGUGCAACAGUAAUUCAAGGGCUAGUGCUGGGCGAGUGCGCGGUCGUCGGCGCCGGGACGGUCAUGGUUCGUGACUUGCCGGCCGACAGUAUUUUAUUAGGGCCCACGGCUCGCUCCAAAUCCGUUCCCGACGAGAAACGUAAAGAAGGUAAGCAAUGAAGCAGUGGGAGUUAACGCUCGUCGGUCCAGAGUGCUCAAUGGAGGAGGCCAUCGCGACGCUUGAUCGGGUUGCGGUGCGUAUUGUCAUCAUUGUUGAUCAGCAACGUCAUCUGUUAGGCACUCUGACCGAUGGCGACGUACGACGCGCAUUGUUGAAACAGCGACCGCUGACGACGCCUAUCAAGGAAUUCAUGUGUACCACGCCGCGAACAGCCGGCCUGGACUGGAAUCGAGACCGAAUCUUGGCGGUAAUGGAGAAAUACCAGUUACUGCAAUUACCGGUCGUAGACCUCAGUGGGAAAGUUAUUGGCCUUGAAACAUUGCAUGAUCUUUUGAACCGGCAGCGGCGCGAUAACCCUGUAUUUCUUAUGGCUGGAGGGUUCGGUACUCGAUUACGUCCUCUGACACAAAACUGUCCAAAGCCGCUGCUCAAGGUAGGCGAGAAGCCAAUUCUCGAAUUGAUUCUCGAGCGUUUUAUCAGUUCUGGAUUUCACCGUUUUUUUAUCUCGACCCAUUACAUGCCAGAGAUGAUCCGAGAUCAUUUCGGGGACGGCAGCCAAUGGGGCGUGUCGAUUCGCUAUGUCCAUGAAGAUGAGCCUUUGGGGACGGGUGGGGCGCUGGGAUUGCUCCCACAUCAUGAGAUUGAUCUUCCGCUGUUUCUCAUGAAUGGCGAUCUGUUGACAACGCUCAAUUUUGAAAACCUCCUAGAAUUUCAUGAUGGGCACCCAGGCUCAGCAACCAUGUGCGUGCGCGAAUAUGAGUAUUGCGUACCGUAUGGUGUCAUUGAGAACGAGGGGCAUCGAAUUCUUUCAAUGAUAGAGAAGCCGAUUCAGCGUUUCUUUAUCAAUGCCGGUAUUUACCUAUUAUCACCCGAACUGGUGAAAAGUGUGGCCGCUGGUAACCGUGUAGACAUGCCGACGCUACUGGAGCGUGAAAUAGAGGCCGGCCGCGAUGUCAAUAUGUUCCCAGUUCAUGAGUACUGGUUGGAUAUUGGCCGGAUGGAAGACUUUCAACGUGCUCAACAAGAGUUCGGCACCUUAUGA